AUGGCCGCGGCGACGCUGAACGUCGAGUGCAACGUGCCGUCGCACAACGUCCCGCACCGGGUGACGAGGCACGCGUCCACUUUAAACGCGCCCUACGCGACGACGUCGGACGACGUCGCGGAGUCCGCGUUCGCCGCGGUCGAGCGCGCGACGGCGAUGAAGAAGCUCAAGGAGCAGCGGUUGAGAUCGUUCCAAGACUCGCUUCGCAGGCGCGUGAACGAGACGGAGACGGCGCGGACGAGCGCCGCGGAGCAGCUCGCGCGCGAGUUGACGGACAUCGACCUCGUGUUAGGCGACCCCACCGUCGCGAACGCGACGCGGGCGCCGCGGACGGAGCCGCCGUCGGCGCUGGAGCUUUUGAUGGUGUCGAAGGCGUCCGGCGUGCGGUCGUCGCAUCAGGCGCUCUUGAAUCAGACGCGGCCGCUCGCGUCCGGCGGCGGACGAGGCGGCGGCGCGGGGGGGUCCGCCGCGGUGAGCUCGGCGUCCGGGCCUGACCGCGUCAGGGCGGCGAAGGAGGCGUACGCGAGCCGCGAGCGCGCGGCGGCGGCGGCGGCGAGGGAAAAGAUGAAACACGCGGAACGCGCGAGGGAAGAGAGACGCCUCCAAGAAGUCGCCGCGGCCACCGACUUCACCGAGGAGAACAACGCGUUCACCGCCGCGGAGGAUAGACACAGGGAAGAGGCGAAACGAGGGAGCGUAGACGCGGAGGCGAACCGAAGACGCGCGCGGGAGUACGCCAAGGCGGAGGCGGAGCGAAUGAAACGCGAGCGGAAGCGCGAGUCGGCCAAGGCGAAAAAGGCGGCGCGGUACACGACGGCGCUGCAGGACAGCGUCCGCGCGCAGCUGGCCAGGAAACGCGUGACGCUCCCGCCGCUGUGCGCGUGCCCGCACGCGGCGAAGAGUCAGAUAUUCGACCCGGGCCACGUGUACAAGUGCGCGCAUAAUUGCCCGCUGCACGACGACGAGGCGGCGUACCACGCGGCGCUGUCGCAGCUGUUGUCCGCGCACGACGUCAUCAUCACCGCGCCGCAGUAG